CAAAAGAAUGUUGUACUAGUCAUUUUUUUUCAAUGUGUGGUGUUAAUUUUUUUUUUUGUGUCAACAUCGUUCGUUCAUCUCAAAUUGCUUAAAUUAAUAAAAACAUCUAUUUUAAAAUGCGUGAAGUCCUUUCAGUUCAUAUUGGCCAAGGAGGUGUGCAAAUAGGCAAUGCAUGCUGGGAAUUGUAUUGCCUUGAACAUGGAAUUCAACCGGAUGGCAUGCUUCCUUCCGAUUCUUGCACAAAUGAUGAGGGAUUUCAAACAUUUUUCAGUGAAACUGCAGGCGGAAAAUAUGUGCCGAGGGCAGUUUUUCUCGAUUUGGAACCAACUGUUAUUGACGAAGUAAGAACGGGAACAUAUAAUAAAUUAUUUCAUCCUGAACAAUUGAUAUCGGGUAAAGAAGAUGCAGCUAAUAAUUAUGCUCGAGGCCAUUAUACAUUGGGAAAGGAAAUGAUCGAUUUGGUAUUGGAUAGAAUACGAAAAACUGCCGACAUGUGUAAUGGUUUGCAGGGUUUUCUCAUUUUUCAUGCAUUUGGCGGUGGCACUGGAUCGGGUUUGACAUCAUUGCUAAUGGAACGUCUCUCGGUUGACUAUGGAAAAAAGGCAAAAUUGGAAUUUGCAAUUUAUCCAUCGCCACAAAUAUCAACUGCCGUCGUUGAGCCAUAUAAUGCAAUUCUCACCACACAUACAACACUCGAACAUUCUGAUUGUGCAUUUCUCGUUGAUAAUGAAGCAAUAUACGAUAUUUGCCGACGUAAUUUGGAUAUUGAGAGGCCAACUUAUACAAAUUUAAAUAGACUUAUCGGUCAAAUUGUCUCUUCAAUCACGGCGUCAUUAAGAUUUGAUGGUGCAUUGAAUGUUGAUUUGACUGAAUUUCAAACAAAUUUGGUUCCCUAUCCAAGAAUUCAUUUUCCACUUGCCACGUACGCGCCAAUUGUUUCGUGCGAAAAGGCAAAUCAUGAACAAUUAACAGUCAUGGAAUUAACAUCGGCGUGCUUUGAGACUGCUAAUCAGAUGGUAAAAUGUGAUCCAAGAAAAGGAAAAUACAUGGCUUGUUGCCUUCUUUAUAGAGGCGAUGUUGUGCCAAAGGAUGUUAAUGCCUCAAUAGCGACAAUAAAAACAAAACGUGCCAUACAAUUUGUCGAUUGGUGUCCUACCGGUUUUAAGGUUGGAAUUAAUUAUCAACCCCCGACUGUUGUACCUGGAGGAGAUUUGGCAAGGGUCCAACGAGCAAUGGCAAUGCUUGCAAACACAACAGCUAUCAUGGAAGCUUGGACCCGAUUAAACAGAAAAUUUGAUCUUAUGUUCUCGAAACGAGCAUUCGUUCACUGGUAUCUGGCAGAGAGUAUGGAUGAAACGGAAUUUAAUGAAGCACGCGAGGAUUUGGCAGCUUUAGAAAAGGACUAUGAAGAAGUUGGCAUGGAUUCGACAGAAGGUGAAGAAGGCGAGGACGAAAUGUGAAAAAAUUUUAGAAUGUGUGUCUGUGUGUAUAUACUGCAAAAAAAAUUGACAUUUACUUCAAAGGAUAGUCACAAUUCACUAGGAUCUCCAAUUUCGCAAUAGAGAUGAACGAACAGUCCAAACCACAUUUUAUUUCACCUGACACUUUAUUUUACCUGUUCUUUUUUUUACCAAUUUUGUACAAGUUUUUUUCUAAACCCCUUCCCUUUUUUUAUAUAUACUCUUUUUGUAACAAGUGCCAUUUAAAAAGAAAAUCUAUAUUUCUCUUUAAUUGACACAAUUUUACAAUGAUUUUUAUAUAUACUGUUGUCUUUUUAGUAUUUAUAUACGUAUAUGUAUAUUUAAUGUGUUUUGGAGAAAAAAUAUAUUUUUUUAUCAUUUACCAAAAAAGAA